AUGACGUUAACCGACUUGGAGAGCUUCUCUUGCGACCCGGGAGCAGACCCUCAGAGCCCGGUGAAACACUGGGCAGCCGCGCCUUGGGAGAGCAGAGGAAGCCCUGUGCGGAGGGAGACCACGGUCCUGAGGCGGACACAGACCCCGACCCCGGAGUUGACAACUGGGACACCUUUGCUUCUAGUUGUUAACGACGGAAUUGCCCCACCACAAAGAAUCCUUUUUCCACCUGAGAAAAUUCGCAUGGAUUGGCAACAGCCACUGAGCGUUGGAGUUGGACUGCAGAAUCUGGGCAAUACAUGUUACCUUAAUGCUACUCUGCAAUGUCUGACGUACACACCUCCUCUGGCCAAUUACAUGCUGUCUCUCGAACACAGCAAGUCAUGUGACGAAAAAGGCUUCUGCAUGAUGUGUACAUUGGAAGCUCACAUUAACCAGGCCCUGCGUCUCUCUAAUAAGGCUGUCAAACCCAUGUCUGUUAUCAAUGGCCUUAGAAGAAUAGGAAAGCAUUUCCGCUAUGGCAGUCAAGAGGAUGCCCAUGAAUUCUUGUCCUUCACCAUUGAGGCUUUGCAGAAAGCUUGCUUGAAUGGAAGAUUGGACACAUCUUCUCAAGCCACCACACUUAUUUAUCAAAUAUUUGGAGGAUACCUAAGAUCCCGAAGCAUUUGUAUUUUGAUUCCAGUAAAAUGCUUGAACUGCAAAGCCGUUUCUGAUGCGUAUGAACCAUUCCUGGAUAUCACUUUGGAUAUAGAGACCAUUACAUCUGUCACCGAGGCUCUGGAACAAUUGGUGAAACCUGAACAACUGGAUGGAGAAAACAGCUAUAAGUGUAGCAAGUGCGAAAACAUGGUUCCUGCCUCCAAGAAGUACACAAUACAUCGCUCCUCCAAAGUUCUCACCAUCACGCUGAAAAGAUUUUCAGCUUUUACUGGUGGCAAGAUCAACAAGGAUGUAAAAUACCCUGAAUAUUUGGAUCUUCGAGCAUAUAUGUCCCAGUCAAUGGGAGAACCACUCAUCUAUUCUUUAUAUGCAGUUCUUGUUCAUUCUGGUUCCACCUGCAAUGCAGGACACUAUAUCUGCUUCAUAAAGGCCGGCAAUGGAUUUUGGUAUCAAAUGAAUGAUGCCAUAGUGGAGCGUUCUGAUACCGAAACGGUUCUCAAUCAGCAAGCUUAUUUACUUUUUUAUAUCAGGCGCUAUGAUUUGACACUUGGAGAACGUGGUUUUUACUCACCAGCACCGUCUUAUCCCCGUUCAUUCCUUGGUCAACUGGGGUCUAAUAAAUUCAAGUCGUUUAAAUGGAAAUGGACCCCUAAAAGAGGAUACAAAUCCUGUGAGUAUGGCAUUAAAAAUGCCAUCUUCCGCUCCACCAACAGCUUGCAUUCAAAACUGGGCAAUGACCAGGCCUUCAGCUCCAGAUCCAUCAAAAGCCCAGAAGAUCACUCUCAGUAUUCAGAACAAAUUGCCUGA